AUGUCGCUGCCGGCCGCCCUCAUGCAAUUGCACCAGGCCGGCUCCUCUUCAUCUGCUCCUCAGAUCUCAUCUGGCGCUUCAUCUUCGCUCACCUCCACCUCAUCGUCAUCGGGUGUGACACCUUCUACACCUACACCUCCGCCCUAUGCUUCCACCACGGCUUCUCAUCUGACGCCAUCUGCUACCGCCUCCAUCUCGAGUAGCGGCACCACUCCUGCCCCCUACAGCCAACCGCACACCCCGACGCCCACGCCUCCCGCGGGCGGAGCCGGCACGUACAGGGCUUCGGGCGCCGUUCCUCCCCAGCCCACGGGGCUGCAGCAGUUCAUGGCCACCCUGCAGGGCCAAGGGACUGCGUCCGCCGCCUCGGCACCAUCGCCCACCGCCCCCACCGCGCCGGAACCGACCGAGCUGAUCAGCAAACACAAGAUGAGCGAGCUGCUGCGGCACUCCUCGUCGCACCGCAUGGAGCCCGAGGUGGAAGAGGUGUUGUUGGAGCUGGCGGAUGACUUUUUGGAGAAUCUCAUCUCGGCGGGCAGCGUGCUGGCCAAGCAUCGUGGCUCGGACGUGCUGGAAGUGCGUGACGUCGCCCUCCACAUGGAACGCGCCUGGGACAUGCGUUUGCCCGGGUAUUCGCACCAUCUGGAGAGUUUGGACAUGCGGGGCAAGCGACAGGGGCUGUCCGAGAUCCACAAGAAGCGAUUAGCGCUCAUCAGGAAGACGAACGAGCUCACCGAAAAGGAAGAGAAGAAGAAGAGCACCGCCGCCAAGCGAAAGCGAAAGGAAGGCGAGGCACCCUGA